AUGCACUCCGCCGCUCUUCUCUCCGCCAUCCUCCUCGUCGCCGUCAAGGCCGACCUCCAGCUCGACUCAGAGGACAUCUCGCCUCAGUGCACAUCCAUCUGCCGGCCCGUCUUGGAGCUGAGCCGCACCUGCGAUGUCGACGAUGACCGUGUCCCCGACGACCUGACCGAGGACCGCCUGCAGCUGCAGUGCCUCUGCACCAACAACAGCUUCGACGUCCAGCGGUUCGCCGGCCUGUGCCAGAGCUGCAUGCAGCAGAACACCGUCGUCGACACUGACGACGACAACGACGCCGACGACAGGCCCGACGACAACAACAGGGACAUCAACGAGAUCGUGAGCCGCUGCGGCUUCUCCGGCGCAACCUACUCGGCCGCGGACGCCAACGCGGCCAACGGCGUCGUCGUCGCCGCCACCCGCCCCGACAACGCCAACCAGCUCACCACCACCAUCACGGGCGGGGCUGCCGCCGCGCCCACGGGUGGCUCCGGGGCCACCAGCCCCAGCACCUUCACCAGCCCCAGCACCUUCACCAGCACCGUCACCAGCGGCUCGAGCACCAUCGUCACCACCGGCACCCGGACGCCGACGGGCACCGGGGCCGCGGCCACCGGGACCGGCGUCACGGUCGCUGGCGCGCCCGGCCUGGAGCCCCUCGGCGGCGGCAUGAAGGUUUUCCUGACUGUGGUCGGCGCUGGUGUCCUGGGCUUCUGGAUGCACUAGAGUCUGGGGGCUGGUCUUUUGUCUCUCCUCCCUCUUUUUUCGGAGGAAGAGUGAUACCCGACAAAGUCAGAAUGAGAUGGGGAUUGAGAAGGGGUGUCGGCCGCCUCAGCUGAUGGAUGGGCAGUGGUGGACGUUAAUGAAAUUAUGAACCUACGGAGAACGAUAGUAACUCUUAUUAUUUGUACGGAUGGAUUGGAAUAUAUGCGCUUUUGUGCCACAACAGACAUAUUUGAGAGAUGACAUUCUACAAUAUGAAUGCCACCGACAACGCAUGAUGCGGAAUUCCUCAAAGUGUGCUUUGUGCAUCGUUCAAACUUGUGUUCGCUCGGGGAUAAGACAUGCUAGUAAUGGAUGAUGAUUGGCUGCGCGAAGUCUCGUUGACCAGUUUGAAGAACGGUCUUCUAAAUUUUGUUUCGGAUUUUCAAAAUAUUCACAGAUAUUUACGGUACAUGAAAAUCUAGGUCUUUUUAAGUGGAGACUAAAUUAUGAAAACACCACUAAUAUAAAGGCUAAUAUUUUA